AUGGCAGUAAAGGAGGAGCCGAGAUCCAAUGACACACUCUACGCUCCUCCAGCACUCCUCACUCUGUCCGAAGAUGCACCACGCACAGCCCGGGCAUCUGCAUGGUGGCUGCCAUCUUGCCAUGGUGGCUCCAUCGCAGAGCCUGACGCCAAUGGAGAACACUAG